CCCGGUGCUGCCCCGCUUCCUCCGCCGUGGGUUCCGGGGCACUGCCUCACCCGCCCGAGCACGGCGCGGCGAGCUCUGCCCGCCGAGAAAACCCCCAGAUACACGGAGGACUGAGGUGUGCCUUUGACCAUAUUGGAACUGAAGCACUAUGGAGCAGUAUGCAGCAAAUAGUAACAGUUCCACAGAGCAGAUCGUUGUGCAGGCUGGACAGAUUCAGCAGCAGCAGCAGGGUGGUGUCACUGCUGUCCAGUUGCAGACUGAGGCCCAGGUGGCAUCCGCCUCAGGCCAGCAAGUCCAGACCCUCCAGGUAGUCCAGGGUCAACCACUAAUGGUACAAGUAAGCGGAGGUCAGCUGAUCACAUCAACCGGCCAGCCGAUCAUGGUGCAGGCUGUGCCCGGCGGUCAGGGCCAGACAAUCAUGCAAGUCCCGGUUUCUGGAACACAGGGACUGCAGCAGAUUCAGUUGGUCCAGCCAGGUCAGAUUCAGAUUCAAGGUGGGCAGGCUGUGCAGGUACAGGGGCAGCAGGGCCAGACCCAGCAGAUCAUUAUACAGCAGCCACAGACUGCAGUUACUGCUGGCCAGACACAGACCCAGCAACAAAUAGCAGUUCAAGGACAACAGGUAGCACAAGCAGCUGAAGGCCAGACCAUAGUCUAUCAGCCAGUUAAUGCUGAUGGAACCAUUCUCCAACAAGUUACAGUCCCUGUUACAGGCAUGAUCACCAUUCCAGCAGCCAGUUUGGCUGGAGCACAGAUUGUCCAAACAGGAGCCAACACCAACACAACCAGUAGUGGACAAGGGACUGUCACAGUGACGCUGCCAGUUGCUGGAAAUGUUGUCAAUUCAGGGGGAAUGGUUAUGAUGGUACCUGGAGCUGGAUCCGUACCAGCUAUUCAGAGAAUACCUUUGCCUGGAGCAGAAAUGCUGGAAGAAGAGCCCCUCUAUGUAAAUGCCAAGCAGUAUCACCGGAUCCUUAAGAGGAGGCAGGCACGUGCUAAGCUUGAAGCAGAGGGAAAAAUUCCCAAAGAAAGAAGGAAAUACUUGCAUGAAUCUCGGCAUCGUCAUGCUAUGGCCAGGAAGCGGGGAGAAGGUGGACGUUUCUUUUCACCAAAGGAAAAAGACAGCCCUCAUAUGCAGGAUCCAACUCAGGCCAAUGAAGAAGCAAUGACACAGAUGAUCAGAGUCUCCUAACCACUGCUUAAAGAAAAAAAAAAUAACUGAAUAGAAUUCCUGUCCUUUCUGCAAGUCUGUUCUACCUUUCCAGUGUAUCAAGUGAGUUUCAGUGGGACAAUCACCAUAUCACAGCCUAUCCUUUUCUACAGAACAAGCACCACGUUUUCACUAUGUGGUUGAGAUUUUAACUGCAGUUGACUCAACAAAUAGAAACUUAACGACUUUCUUGGUAUAUCUUCUGAUGCAGCACAGGGAUUUCAGAGUCUGACUGCUCAUGCCUUGUUUUCUUCUUUUAAACAUCUCUUGCAUUAAGACUGGCCAUGGGUGAGAGUGUGCCACUGACUCAGUGAUCAGCAAUAACUCUGGUGUGUUGAAGCAGGGCUGGCAAAGGCCUCUUGGAGUUACAGCCCUUCUGUACAGAGACAUAAUCCAGUCUAUAGCAACCAGCACUGAUGUGGCUACACCACAAUACUUUGUUUUCCCAGCAGAGACUUGUUAUUUACAUCUACUUCUUACACCUUUGGUCUUUAUUGUCAACUGAACGGUUCCUUGUUGUUGCAUCUGCACUUCUGUAACUGGCAGAAACUGCAGGGGGGUACUUUUCUGUUCCACCUUGUGAAAUAUGUAAACAGCAAGCUCUUCUCUGGGAAAAGUUCAGCCAUCCAGUCACAAUGAUAGAAAUAUUUCAAGAUUAUCACAGGACUUGAUAUAUUGUGUAUCCGUUCCAAGAAGUAAGAUGGGAGAUGGUGAUGCGGGGAUAAGGAUUUAAUUAGUAAAAGCAAUCUCUGGGUGUUUUUUGGUAUGUUUAUUGCCAGUAGUUGUUGCUUUGGAAGAAUAGUGAAUGCUAGUUAUAAAAAAGAUUAAAACUUUUAAUUGAGACUCUCCUGAAGGAAUUUUUUUGCAUCUUCCUUCUAACCUGCUAGUCCGGUGCAUGGUCCUUCCAUAAAAUCCGCAGUCUCAGAGUGAUAGCACUUGACUGUCUUUGUGAUGGUGUUUCUUGAUGUCUGUUCUAAAUCAGUUCAACAAUUCUCUCAUUCUGCACAGAGUGAGGGAUUGUUUCAUGACAGCAGAAGCACAGGGCAACUCAACUCAGCUCAUCCUGAUGUAACUGAAGGCAGAUAUUGAUGAACCUUUCAGGCUUUUUAUAGACUAUCCUCUUUAAAUAAUAAUAAUAAAAAAGUGGCUCUUAAUGAAGGAAGAGUACUUACAUUUUUAAAAAAGGAUUUUUUUAUGACCUAUAGCUGGCUUCUGGCUUUGUAUCUCGACAAAACAUAUCUUUAUCUCUGCUUCUGUAGCUUAUUACUGACUGUAAGCUUGCUCCAUUCUUACUAAUUUGAAAUUUGGUCAUGGAAGCUGUAGUUCAGUAAGUUUAAUUUUAACAGGUAUUGCUUGCAUCUUUUGAUGUCUGGUCUCCUCCCAUCCUGAAUGAGUUCUGUAGACACUCUGUGUAUCACCUGCGUGCUGUAGUCCCAUCUCUUCUAAUUUUGGUGUUCUGUAGUUAAAACAUAAAACUGCAUCAAAACGGUUAAGCGUGGGAUGAAAAAUACUGCCAGACAUUGUCACUGAGGGAGGUGGUGAUGAACCUGAAUAGCUAAAGUUGCAGAGGGUGAGAUGUUUUUGAGGAAAGCAGCCAAGGAUGGGCAAGACUGGUUUAAAAUCAGUCAACUCUGUUAUCGAGUGACAAAAAUGUGAAUGCAUCUUGAAGAACACGACCCGUAUUAUUUCCCCUCUAUAUUUUUCCCAUUUACUGAAAGAUUACAACUAAAUGCAAAAUGGAGGACAAAUUAGCAAGUUGUCCAAGACUGGGAGGAUACAAAAAGACAGAGCCUUGAAAAUUCUAUUUACUUUGGAUAAAAGAGAAAAAUGCUAGACCUAAGAGUAUGAGAAGAUGGAAAAGAAUGCAAAAGGAGGGAGCAAAAAUGUGGAGAAAAGUUAGAUUCUACAUUGCCAGCAGGCAAUCUUGGGGGAAGAGUAUGCCUGUCUGGAUACGAAGGAUGACUGUAUUUAGUUAAGCCAUGUGUGGUAGUACAUAGCCAGUGAAAGAACAAAGAAAUGCAGAUUUGGCCUUUGUAGUUAGGCAGCUGGAUUUUCUAAAUGGAGUUCAGUUUAUUUUUCUGAAUUUUUAGUUCCAUGUUCUUACCCUUACCACAGCUGAUACGGUGAGCUGAAGGUAAGAAAGAAACUUUUACACACAGUGACGCUUGCAGCUAUGGGAGGAGGUGGCCUAGUUCUUGAUGUGCAAAUAAAUCUUCUUUCUUUUGAUUUGUCUUUUCUAAUUAUUUAAAAAACAUUUGUUUACCUCCAUUGCAUUGAUGGCAUCUUUGGUGCCUUUGGUUGCUUCUGCCUUAAAAUACUUGGCCAAUGAGAGCAUGGUGCUUAAUUUCUUCAGUUGGUGAUUAUGAAAUCCUCACCUAGCAUUUCUUGGGAGGUCACCCAUUUCAGGAAAUAUGUAGCUCUCUUUUAGUGAAGGAAUAACAAAAAAUUUGCUUUAGUUGACUUUGCAGCAUUAUUGUAAAUAUUUUUUUUAGAGCAUCUGUACAUUUUGUCAGUGGAGUGUUCAUGUGCUGGAGGAAUAUUUCUGUGCUGGAGUAAGACAGCCUCUCCAUAACAUUUCUGCUCUUCAACUGACAGCUAAUCUCUGUCCUGAAGAACGCCCUCUGAGAGUUGGAAGUUAGAGAAGCAAGAUUCUUGCUCUGACAUAGGUAUUUUUUUAAUGAGUAAUUACUUCUUUUCUUAAAGAACUUGUAAAUUUCUUCAGAACAGCUAGAACUUUUUCCCAAUAAGCCCUUCAUAUAUAGGUUCUCUGAUCCGUUGUUGUAGAAUAUGUAUUAAGACCUAUGGAUUUGUGUUAUAUAGGAAGUCUUAUUGUUAAUACUUUAAAUAGUGUUGUGAAAGCCUGAGUGCUAUUGUCAUAUUUUUCAUUUGCAUUGGUUUAUGUGUAUCACUUCUAAAAGUAGUGUUUGCUUGGUGAGAUUGGAGUUAUCGGUCAGCACCAUGUUACCAAAAAAGCCUGCUUAUUUUUCCUGGGCAAAUUUGUUAAACUGCAGAUGUCAUCAAGUUCAAACUUCUCUAGUAAUUAAAUGAGAAUUCUUUGUGGAUUGUCUACACUUGAGCAAAAACUCCACUUUAGGAGUGUGUGAAAGAGUGGAUGAGGAUUAAAGAAGAGGCUCGAGGAGAAAUGUUGUCAAUUGACCCUGAGAGCACUGGAGCAACAAACCGAUCAAAAACCAGUUUUAUAUGAGUGUAAA